AUUGCUACCCGUCCAUCACUUGAUGAAACAAAUGUCAUUUACAUCUGACCUCUUUUGAAAGGCUAACAGUCUACUUAAGGACUCAGUUAACUCCAGUUCAACCCAAGUAAAGAAGCUGAAGCACUGGAAAAGAUGUGUGCCCUAUUGUGAAGCUCCACCCACAUACAGCAUCAUCGUUCGCAUCACCCUCAUCAGCAUCAGCAGCAUCAGCAUCACCAGUACAGAAAGCACAGAGAGCUCACGGACAGCCAACCUGCUGCUGCCGCUCAUAUCCAUGCAAAUUACUAUGAGGAAGCCACUGGACUGCUGAAAAACAUCUGCAUUUUCUGCACAGCUGUGGCAUGUAUUGUUUGUGCUAAGCCAUUCUAGCCAAGUGCUGCAACAUGGGUCCUCAAUCGCGCUGUAUCAUCCAGAGGAAGUUGCGUCCGGUGCGGAUACUCACGCUUCUACUCGGCCUCCUGGCAAUAAGCUCUGUGUCCGUCUUUUCCCUCGGUGCCUCCCUUACUUCUUCAUGGGGCUCAUCCGCCUCACCAGAACUGAAUAGCGGCCCUGCCCCCCACAGGACAUUACUCUCAGCUAGUAACGGCAAUGAAUCUGAGGGUGAGAAUCAGGGCGAGUACCCUGAGGACUUGUUCACGUUGGAGGAAAGACGCAAGGGUGCAGUCGUUCUGCACAUGCUCGGCAUGCUGUACAUGUUUAUCGCGCUGGCCAUAGUGUGCGACGAGUUCUUUGUGCCCGCGCUGACCGUCAUCACCGAGAAGCUGGCCAUCUCGGACGACGUAGCGGGCGCCACCUUCAUGGCAGCCGGAGGUUCUGCGCCCGAACUCUUCACCUCUGUCAUCGGCGUCUUCAUCUCGCACAGCAACGUGGGGAUCGGCACCAUCGUGGGCUCGGCCGUGUUCAACAUCUUGUUCGUGAUCGGCAUGUGUGCCGUGUUCUCUCGCGAGAUCCUCAACCUCACGUGGUGGCCGCUUUUCCGUGACGUGUCCUUCUACAUUCUGGACCUGAUCAUGCUUAUCGUCUUCUUUCUGGACAACUUCAUUAGCUGCUGGGAGAGCAUGAGCCUGCUAAUGUCCUACGCUGCCUAUGUGAUCUUCAUGAAGUACAACGCGCACAUGGAGGCCUUCAUUAAGGGCUUGGUAAACCGCAACCAAGUGGUGGAGGUGGCCGAGACACAGCCCAAGCCCAGUCCAGUGCCGACGGAGGACGAGAGCAAACUAUCGACCAAGCCGAGACUGCAGAGAGGAGGCAGCUCAGCAUCACUGCACAACAGCCUGAUGAGGAACAGCAUCUUCCAGCUCAUGAUCCACACUCUGGACCCGCUCAGCGAAGAAUUUGCUGACUCUGGAAAGUUCCGUGAAAAGGCGUCCAUCCUCCAUAAAAUUGCCAAAAAGAAAUGCCAAGUGGAAGAUGCCAAUGGAGUCGCUGAUAAAAAUCUGCCAAACAGUUCCAGCGUGGAAGUUGAAGUUUCUCCUCCUCUAAAUGGCACGGCAGAGCAAGAAGGCGAUGCGGCUGAUGAAGAUGAUGAGGAAGAUCAGCCACUCAGCCUGUCGUGGCCCGAGAGCAACCGUAAACGCUUCACGUAUCUCUUUAUCCUUCCCAUCGUUUUCCCACUGUGGAUCACGUUGCCUGAUGUCAGGAAGCCCACGGCCAAGAAGUUUUUCCCCAUCACGUUCCUGGGCGCCAUCUGCUGGAUCGCAUGCUUCUCCUACCUAAUGGUGUGGUGGGCUCACCAGGUUGGUGAAACGAUUGGCAUUACAGAGGAAAUCAUGGGGCUGACGAUUCUGGCAGCCGGAACCUCCAUUCCUGACCUGAUAACCAGCGUCAUCGUGGCACGGAAAGGUCUAGGAGACAUGGCUGUGUCCAGCUCAGUCGGCUCCAACAUCUUUGACAUCACUGUUGGGUUACCCUUUCCAUGGCUCUUGUUCUCUCUUAUAAAUGGUUUCAAACCGGUGGUGGUGAGCAGUAACGGCCUCUUCUGCGCCAUCGUGCUCCUCUUCCUCAUGCUCCUCUUUGUCAUCAUCUCUAUCGCCGCCUGCAAGUGGAAGAUGAGCAAGCUUUUAGGGUUCAUCAUGUUUCUCCUCUAUAUUGUCUUCCUGGUGGUCAGUGUGAUGCUGGAGGACAAGAUCAUCGCCUGCCCGGUUUCCAUCUGACACGAAUAUAAACCUUUACACAGUCGAGCAAACUCCCUUUGGGCGGAUCGCUGCCCUUUUUUAUUUACUCUGGAACUGUAAAUGAACCUGAG